AUGAAAAUAACGAAUAAAAAAGUGAAAUUAAAGGAAUUUGUACUGUCUGAUCGGAGAUUGCUAUAUAAUUCAAAGAAAGAGGGUUUGAUUCCACUCAGUGAUAUUGUCUACAUCGACUCAAAUGGAUCACACCUAUCAAUCUACUUUAAUAGCUCAAAGACAAAUAAAUUUAAAAAGUUAGAUUUGUUUGAUUUACAAGGGGGGAAUCAAUCAUUUAUAAAGCAUCUCAUUCUCCUUCACAGCGAGUUUACCGGUGAUAAACACUCUAGCAGCAGCACCAGCACUCAUAAUACAUCUUACCUGCCAAUAUCCACUCCAAAUGACUUCAAGGAGUUUGUAAAACACACUCAGCAAGAUUUCGUAUGCAAUUCCACCCCUUCACAACUCAAUACACUCCAAUUCAAUCGAUACCUUCAAUCCAAUGAGAAUUCAUUGCAAAAACCACAAAAUACCACAGAAAAUGAACCACUCUAUAAUUAUUACAUUAGCGCUUCCCAUAACACAUACCUCUUUGGUAAUCAACUUGCUGGCUCUUCCACCACUAUCGGCUACAUACGCUCACUCUUACUGGGCUGUAGAAGUGUAGAAAUUGACGUUUGGAAUGGUGACGAUGGUUGGCCUAUUGUCUACCACGGCCAUACUCUCACCCAACCCAUCCCCCUAAUCGACAUACUCACCACAAUCAACACUUUCGCCUUUAUUUCUUCUAAUCUGCCUUUGAUUUUAUCUGUGGAGAACCACUGUGAUCUAGCACAGCAAGAUAGAAUGGCUGGGUUGUUUGUGGAUAUUCUCGGUGACUUGCUAAUCACUCAGAGGCUACAACACGAUAGAGACAUUCUACCGUCUCCACACCAACUACGCUACAAGAUUCUAUUCAAGACUAAAAACCUGCACAUAACCAGUGCAAGUGGGAGUAGUGCGGCAAGUAAGGUGGAUGGCUUUGACGUUGCACUUAACUCAAACUCAUCCGAUUACUCCCACUCUCACUCCCACUCAUCAAGCUCUGACAUUGAAAAGAGCAAGUUGAGCAACUUUAUACAGAAAGUCACACGACGAAGAAGCACUGCAUCUUCAUCUGACAGAUCUUCAACUGCAUCCACCUCGCCCACACUUGUCGACUCAUUUGGGAAUCUCAACUCGACGACGAGCACGAAUAACACGGAUAACGCAGUUAACACAAAUAACACUAAAAUGUCACAGAAAUUACUCGAUCUGCUAAUCUACACAGUGGGUGUAAAGUUUCGAGGCUUCAACAAGAAAGAGCAUUACGAAAUAGAGCAUAUGUUCAGUUUGUCUGACAGAUCAGCGCGGAAGCUGAUAAACGCGAGUAGUGGGGAGUUUAUGAAGCACAACCGCAAUCAUCUCACAAGGAUAUACCCACACGGAGCAAGAGUGAAGAGUACUAAUUUUGAUGUAUUAGAUUAUUGGGCGGUAGGAUCGCAACUGUUAGCGCUCAAUUACCAGACGGUGGACUUGGCCAUGUGGUUGAAUUUCGCCUUGUUCAAUGAUACAGGCGGGUAUGUGUUGAAACCAUCACCUUUGCGCAACAAGGAGGAGAAGAGGAUGGUGGAAUUGAAGGGGCUGGUGCGUCUUUCCAUUAAGGUGAUAUGCGCGCAGCAAGUGUCGAAGAAUGUGAAUAAAGUGGCGGUAGAGGUGCACACACCGCGUUCCUUCAAUAAUGACACUUGUCUUAAACGCUUCACCAGCACGGCAAAUUUGCAAUCGCAUGGGCAGGUGGAAGGAAACCCUACAUGGAAUGAAACACUCAGUUUCGACGUUAAUGUUAGAGGGAACAUGAUAGACCUUGUCGUCGUCAAGUUUGAUGUGCUUAGCAGUCAGCAUGAGGAGGCUGUGGCUAGCUACGCCAUUACACUCGCACAGAUGCAAUUAGAAAUGUACCGUUGUUUGAUCAGCAACUCAACAAAAUAA